GGCAGACAAAGGUUCAUUUGUACGGAACUGCCUUCCAGCACCUCCUCUCUCCUCCUUUGCCCAGACUAUCCAGUGAGCUGGAGCCUUUAAGAAGAUUCCUCUGCCAAUAAGACUGAAAAGAAAGUAAAAGGAACAAAAGCCAAGAUGAAAUUGGUGAUGCUUGUCACCCUCGGGCUAACUUUGCUGUUGGGAGCCCAAGCCAUGCCUUCGAGUCGCCUUUCCUGCUACAGAAAGAUGCUGAAAGACCGUAACUGUCACAGCCUUCCAGAGGGCAGAGCCGACCUGACGCUGAUCGACCCGAAUGUCCAGCAUCACUUCUGGGAUGGGAAGGGAUGCGAGAUGAUCUGUUACUGCAAUUUCAGCGAACUGCUCUGCUGCCCAAAAGAUGUCUUCUUCGGACCAAAGAUCUCCUUUGUGAUCCCCUGCAACAGUCCCUGAGGAUCUGCAUGCAUUCUGGAGAAGGCGGUCCCUAAUUUCCCACAAACUGCACCAGUGUAGCUACAGUUGUGAUUUCCAUCGUCUAAGAAAGCCCAGAUUGUAUAAAGUCUCACUUGCCCUAGUAAACCUGGCUUAAGCAGCAAUAAAAGUUACCUCCCUUUGGCUUGUCUCUGUAGAUGUUGUUAGUCCUGCUUAAAAUGUUUGGCUAGAGGACCUUUACUUAGGAGUUCACUACAUCCAGUAAGGGGCCUGUCCCCUAAUGGAUAGCCACAAUCCUGAUUCAAAGAUAGAAAACUUCAGUUGUUG